CCUUGAGGAUGGGCUGGCAUGACGGCUGGCUGUGUGGCUGGACUAGAUACAAGACGUGUCAAAGGUGAAAUUUGAACUCUGUGACCAUGAGGUUCUUCGCUUCCACCAUUGUUGCUGGCCUUGCCGCCACUGCGGCUGGUCAAAAGGUCAAAGUUAUGCUACUCGGUGACUCCAUCACUGAGAUCAGCUGCUGGAGACCUCUAGUAUGGACUCAACUCACCUCCGCCGGGCUGGCAAACAACGUCGACUUUGUCGGAAGCAUGAGCAAUCUCCAGGGAAAGUGCUCAAGGCCGGCAGGCUUUGACCCCAACCACGAAGGCCACUCAGGCUGGCAAGCGUACGACAUUGCGAGAAACAACAUCGCCGGCUGGGUCCAGAGCACCAAGCCUGAUAUUGUCCAGUUCAUGCUCGGCACCAACGACGUCAACAUCGGCAAGCGGAACGUGCAGAGCAUCUUGGAUUCGUACACGACUAUGCUCAAUGCUAUGCGGGCUGCGAAUCCGAAGGUGAAGGUUAUUAUCGACAAGCUCAUCCCAACAAGCUGGAGUGACGCAACAAUCGAGGCCGUCAACAAUGCCAUCCCUGGCUGGGCACAGCAACACACCACAUCUCAAUCCCCCAUCGUCGUCGCGGAUUGCUCACGGGCUGCCGGGUUCACCAACAACAUGCUCGAGGGUGAUGGUGUCCACCCCAACAGCCAGGGUGAUCAGUUCAUCGCGAGACAAGUCGGUCCCAAGCUGAUCCAGUUCAUCAACGACGUCCAAGGCGGAUCUGGCAACCCAACCCCCACCAAUGCCGUGCCAACGCCGACAUCGACACCUGCGACAACUUUGGUUACCAGCACGGCGAGCUCCCCUCAGCCGACAGGCGGAAACUGCGCUGCGUUAUAUGGGCAAUGCGGAGGUCAGGGUUUCAACGGGCCGACAUGCUGCUCGCAGGGUACUUGCAGGGCCUCUAACCAAUGGUACUCGCAGUGCUUGUAAGGAUAGCUUGUUGAGAAGAGGGAGGGGAGCCAGGACGCUAGCUAUAUUUCACUGUCUUCGGCCUCUUCAUGCUUGAGAGAUAGUUAAAUACGUGCCUUUACAUCUUUAUCUCUUCUUCAUACUCUUUGUCCACCACAGUGAUAAAAUGAACUUGAUGCUCCAAUAGAACAUGAC